AUGAGAAUCGCCAUCCGGGAGCAGCUCGCCGCGCUUGUCCUGUCCGCCGUGCUCGUCGCCCUCGCCAUCAUCUCCAUCCCGACAUGGAUCUACGUGCACAACUUCGUCGUCGACGUCGAGUCCAACGGCCUGGCGCUGACGGCGCAGCUCAAGGCCUCCGAGAUUGCCUCUGAGCUGCAGCUGGCCCAGACCAUCUGCCAGACCGUCGCCACGCGCAUCCUGCUGCAGCAGGCCUUUGUCAACUUCUACAACCAAAACUCGUCCGACCCCUUUGCCAAUGCGCGCGCCGACCUCGAGAGCGCCAUGAGCUCCAGCCACUCGGCCGGCCUGCUGCAGGCCCGCCUGUACUCGCGCAACACCACCGGCGGCGGCCACGAGGGGCUCGUCAGCGUCACCGGCGCCGGCGUGGGCAAUGCCAGCAAUAACAUCCCGCUGCCCUACCUGGCGCCCGACGGCUCGCGCGUCAACCUGAGCGACACCGAGUUCGGCUACCCGCCGUCGCUCUACCCAAACAUCACCUACACCAGCCUCGGAUACCCCAACCCGUACAUCCCGUCGACCCCGGCCUUUGCUGCCUAUGCGUUUCCAAACGUCAAUCUUAGUACCGGCGGCGGCCUGUUCCUCGGGCCUCUAGUCAUCAACGAUACGUUUGCCUUGCUGUCCCUCACCAUCCCGGUCCGGUCCUUUGCCAUCUCGGGCUUCAUUCUUGGCUACAUGACGCUGGUUGUCGCCGCGGGGUCUCUGACCGACAUCCAAAUGGCGCCCGACGGCUUGGGCUCGACGGGCGUCGUCCUCGUCGUUGGGCCGGCCAAUCCUUCCAAUCGCUUCAAUGCAUCUGCACCACCAAGCAACGACACCUAUACGCCCGUGCCGGGUCAAUUCAAAAACACGCCUGUUCGCUUCGUCAUCCCCCCCGUCCCAGUGCCAGGACAACCCGAUCGACAUUCUGAGCGUAGUUUUGAGGAUGGCAAAAAUUAUGCUCGUCCAUUUCCGCUCCACGAUUUUCCAAGUCUGCAGAAAGUAUAUACCCAGAAGCUUUCCCUGACCAACAACUCCACUGUGGCCUUGUCAACAACAAACGAGCAAGGCGCCGCCGUUGCCGUAGGCGUCGCCCGCCCGGCCACUACCCUCGUCGACUGGGCUGUCGUCGUCGAAAAGUCCAAAUCCGAAGCCUAUCAGCCCAUUAACCAGCUGAGAGAUAUCCUCUUAGGGUGCGUCUUUGGCACUGCCGGCCUUGUUGCCAUUCUGGUGUUUCCCUGCGCGCACGUCAGCGUGCUAUCCAUCCGGCGACUCAAGUCCGCGACGGAAAAAUCCAUCAACCCUCCAGGAUAUGACGACGAGUUUGAUGAUGGUUUUGACGAAGAGCAUCCAAGCUCGGGAGCUACUAGUUCUAAGCGAUCCGACAGGGGCUUUUUCGGCACCAUCUGGCGGAAGAUAUUCCCAAAGAAGAAGAUUAAGCCCAUUAGUGAAGACGAUGCCAACCGACACGUCUUCAAAAUUCCUGCCAGAGUCGAGGUUAAGAAAAACUACAUUACUGACGAAUUGACGGAGCUCUCAAUGACGUUCAAUGAAAUGUCUGAUGAGCUGUUGAAGCAGUAUACAUCUUUGGAGGAAAAGGUUUCCGAGAGAACGCGGGAACUAGAGAUUAGUAAAAGAGCCGCCGAGGCUGCCAACGAGAGCAAGACCUUGUUCAUUGCCAACAUUUCUCACGAAUUAAAGACGCCGCUGAAUGGCAUCAUGGGCAUGUGCGCUGUUUGCAUGGAAGAGGAUGAUAUUGUGCGGAUAAAACAGUCCCUCAAGACACUUUAUAGAUCAGGCGACCUCUUACUGCAUCUUUUAGAAGAUUUGCUCAGUUUUUCCAAAAACCAAAUAGGCCAGCAUGUCAGCCUUGAAGAGAGAGAAUUUCGACUGGGCGAAAUCAAGUCCCAAAUGCUCUUUACUUUCGAUAAACAGGCUCGCGAGAGCGACAUUGCCUUCACCGUCAGUUUUCUUGGGACCGAGAAUGCAGAGCUGAAUGGACUCCGGAAUGAUAGUACAUUCGAGAAGAGACUGCCUGCUUUAGGCCCCAAUGGCAUGGGCAGACUGAAAGAUGCCUAUGUCUGGGGCGAUCAGCAUAGAAUCUUGCAAGUCAUAAUCAAUCUUGUCAACAAUAGUCUCAAGUUUACGCCGGCCGGGGGAAAGGUGCACCUUAGGAUUCGAUGCAUUGCCGAGGUCGAGCAGAUCAACAAUAAUGAUAGUAGGACUUCGUCAUUGUCCAAAAGUGGCUCUGCGAGGGCUGGGCGCAGCCGGCAUCGAGGCAGCACGGGAUCUUCGCGUUCUGCCAACUCCAGAAAUACAAACUCGUCUUCCACGGUCAAAGGCGGCACAGCUCUUGCAAUCAAUCCCAUGGACCCCAAGGCCACCCCUCACGUCCGCAUUCGAGAGAGGUCGCCAACACCGCCUCCGCCAAAUGCCAAGCCGUACAUAUUCGAAUUCGAGGUAGAAGACAGUGGCCCAGGUAUUCCCGAACAUAUGCAAGAUAAGAUCUUUGAGCCAUUUGUGCAAGGCGACCUCGGCCUAAACAGAAAGUUUGGAGGAACAGGUCUGGGAUUGAGCAUCUGCUCGCAGCUUGCCAAGCUAAUGGGCGGAUCCAUCACUCUUAAAAGCACCGUGGGUGUGGGGUCGACUUUUACGAUGCAGAUCCCUCUCAAAUACGUCAAAGAUCGCCCGCCAAGCACGGCUUCCAGUAGCACGAAUUCAAGGCCGACAAGCGUCAGGUCCACAGCUGCUGACGGCCACCGCAAUUCCUUGAACGGCUCAGCAUCUCCUCUACAAGAGCCAAAAUCCAAAAGCACGCCUGCUUUGAUAGAAAACAAACUACCCCGUCUUGUGGGCCUCAGUGCCCCCUUUUUCGCUGCCAAACCCGCGUCACCCAAAAAAGAUGACCAAAUUGCCACGGCAGCCAUUGACAAGGCAAUGGCCAAUAAAAUCGACAAGGCAAUGGCCAGUAAAACAGAUAAUGGCAAAUUGCGCGUCUUGGUUGCCGAUGAUAACGCAACCAAUGUCGAAGUGGUCAGCAGGAUGCUCAAGCUCGAAGACGUCUAUGACGUUGCCAUUGCCAAGGACGGCCAGGAAGCAUUUGAGCUGGUCAAGGCCAGCAUGGAGAAGAAUCAGCGUUUCGAUGUCAUAUUCAUGGAUAUUCAGAUGCCCAACGUUGACGGCUUACAGUCAACACGGCUUAUUCGCAAGAUGGGCUACGCCGCGCCCAUUGUGGCGCUCACUGCUUUUUCAGAAGAGAGCAAUGUAAAAGAGUGUAUAGAGUCAGGGAUGGAUGAGUUUUUGAGCAAGCCCAUACGGCGGCCAGCCCUGAAAAAAGUGCUAAAGAAGUUUGUCACGAUUCCGGAGGAGCCCGAGACGACUGCUCCGACAACGAAAGAAAAGGAAUCAAACCCACAUACAGUAAACGGAAUGAAUGGGAAACAUAAGGAAGAGGCGCAUUUAGAUUAAUAUAAUUUUCAUUAAUUGUUUUUA